AUGAAUUAAGCCUUUUAUGUUAACGUUUUAGAGUAAUAAUAGAUAUCAGCAAAAGCAUUGAAAUCGACGCCAUAAUUGCUUUAUUUUCCAAUCGGUAACAUGACUUUUUAAUUUCUUGGAGUUACCUAUUCCGUUUUAUUGAUUUGCGAAAUUUUCUGUUAAGUUGGUAUUAUUGCUUGUUUUGCUCUGGCGCCCCGCCCACGGAGAAUUGUCAUUUUUGUUUCAAUCUAGAAUUAAAAAAAAUAUUAUUAAUAAUGUGCAAAAAAGCUUAAGAAAUGCAUUAUUCAAAUUCAAAGCGUGAUUUUUCUCGUAAGUCAACCAGCGUUGUAUAAAACAGAGUCUGAAUAAAUUGAAGUGUCGGAAAUGGUGUUUGUACACUAAGUUUGACUGCUUCGAAAAGGGCUGAUAUUGACGCGCUUUGGUCGCUCGAGCACCGAUGCAUUUCUGGAUAGACAAACGUAGUCAGUGCGCCUACAGCGGCCGGCAGCGGGUACCAUCCUCACUGUCCGCUGGCGUGGGGCGCGCGCGUGGGCGCAAGGGUAUGGCGGCGCCCGUGCACCGCUUCGCCGCUGUGGACUGCGCACCCCGCCGCCCUCAUCGCCCACUCAGGCAUUAUGCGCCUCCUCCACUACCAGCUGUACAUUCUACUCGCAGACAGAAUGAAGAGCCCAGUUUGUAUGUGGAAAUACCACCGGAGCCCCCGCAGCCGACGAUCGCAAGCCUGGCGGCUGCGAGGAGUGUCACCCCUGACACGUUACUUCGCACGGCAGCCCUAGGGCUCCAUAAUUCACCCAUGAUGGCGCCGCACCUUAAGUUUGGCAUGCUAGUAUCGUUCGCCCUGGCGACGGUCUUCUUAGCUGGUGCUAAAUAUUACUUUGAUAUACAUGUAAGUCAUUUCUUGUCUUUUACUAAUGAAUUUAUAGCAGAGGUAGCAGAGGAACUGCCAGCGCUGCUGCCAGCGGCGGAGCGCGCCGAGCGGCGAGCGGAGCGGCUGCCGGAGCGGGCGGCGGAGCGGACAGCGGAACGCACCGCGGAGCGGACAGCCGAGCGUAUAGCGGAUCGCACAGCGGGCGAAGCUCCCCCGCCGUACCACAUCGCGGUGCUGCUGCCGGACCGCGCCGCCGCGCCCCCGCCCGCCUACAGCGCGCUCAGCUAGCCCGGGGAGUUCGUCAUCUAGCCCCAACAACACGAGUUCAUCAUAUAGCUGCAGCUGACCAAGCUACAACACAAUGCCAGCCCGAUGAACUCACCUCUGCGGCUACCUUGAUUCUUUCCACGAUUUGGAUAGUUCCAAGUUAUUAAAAGGACAAUUAUAAUCUCGCUGUCGUGUUCAACGAAUUUAUGAAUCUCGUUUUCGUUAUAGCUUGAAAGACUGGCGACGUUAGUGUUCUGUUUGUACAAUAUCUUCCUAGCUCCCACAGAGCUAGGGUAGAUUGUGUAGCCUGUUAAGUUGAAUAGUUGUAGCCUAGUGAGUAUAUAGCCUCUAGUACAAUGCAGUAUACACUGUCUACGAUGUUUGCAUUAUAAUCUUUCAAUCUUCCUUUUAUAUAGCUUUGUUAUUUUUGUAUGACUUUUGUAGUAUAUAUAAGUGAUACUAUUUGCUUUUAAGUCCAUCUGGAGUUUUUAGUUGUAUUAUGAGUUUUCCAACUAUUUUAUUCUUUAUAUUUAUUGUAAAAUUACUAUAAGUUCCUUAAUUGUGCAAUAUUUGUUAUAACUUGUGUUAGCUUGUACAUAAAUUCGAUAUUAGAUGAGUCUAGAACAAAAUAAAGACCAAAUAAAAUCUGCCAAAAAAUAAUUGAUGUUAGUCUAAUGUAAGGUUUCAGUGUUUGAAAAUAUAGUACUUUUUUCUAUUUAAAUAAAUCAAUAGUAUACGAAAACAAUUAAAAAUAAAAACAAUAGCUAAAUUAAUAUUCAUUAUGUUUUGUGCAUAUAAGUAUUUUUUUUAAAUGUAAUAAGUCUACAGUUAAUGAUUUAGAUGGAGACAUGCCUUUAGUAAAAAGGGGGGGGGACUUUUGGUAAAAAAACCUUUACUCCAAAGAGAAUGCUUUAAUAAAAAACUGUUAGUUUUUCAGUUAUUUUUACAAGUCUCUAGGUAUUAUUGGAACCUUAGUAUUUUGAAUUUUUUUUUAUAAUUUUUGACUAUGGGAGGUGUUAAAUCCCUUAAUGACCCCCCAUUUUACCCUAUAACAUAUAUCCAGACGAAUGCAUAGUAAAAUCUAGAUUGUUUGGAUUUAGUUAAAUUAAAACAAAGACUGCAAUGGUUUAAUGAUUGUAUAAUUUUAUUUAUUUAAUAA